GAUAUUAUGUCCAAUUUUAGAGUUACUACAAAUGGGCAAAAUGGGUGACCUAGCAUUUGGAAUUGACCUGGGUACCACAAAUUGUUGCGUGUCCGUCUAUAUGAACAAUAAGGUAGAAAUUGUAGAAAAUAAAUCAGGGGAACGAGUUACGCCUUCAUUUAUAUAUUUUCAACCAACGGGAGGUGUGAUCGUCGGGAAACAUGCGCAGGCAAUGGCACUGCGCGAACCCAGAAACGGAAUUUAUGAAAUGAAACGACUCGUGGGUAGAAAAUGCGACGAUACUCAACUUCAAAACAGCUUGCAAUAUUUUCCCUUCAAAGUCUCUUCGGAUUCCUCAAACUCUCCAAUAAUUUCUGUAAAGCAGAAUAAUUCCGUAGUCGAAAAGUCGCCGCAGGAAUUGUACACAAUUCUCUUAAAGGAGUUGAAGAAAGAUGUAGAAGAAAAAUUGGCUAAAAGUGUAAACAAAGUCGUUAUUACCGUUCCAGCGUAUUUUAAUGUCACUCAAAGAGAAGUAACUUUCGCAGCUGCUAAAGAUGCCGGGUUUACAGUACUCAAGCUUCAGAACGAGCCAACAGCCGCUGCUUUAGCUUACUAUUACGAAAUGGACCUCCAAGAAGCGCACCGUUGUUUAGUGUACGAUUUGGGAGGUGGUACUUUUGAUGUUGCUAUUCUGGAAAGACGUUGCGAGAACGUGGAAGUUAUCGCCGUAGCUGGAGACAGCCAGCUAGGAGGGCAGGACUUUGAUGCUUGCAUUUUAGAGUACAUCUGUGAACAAUUAAAAGAUAAAUAUGGCUACGACCCUACAUUGGAUCCUGAUGACAAGAGGACGUUACGCCAAAAAAGUGAAGAAGCAAAAAAAGAACUGUCAACCUUAGACCAAUCUGUCAUAACCCUCAAGGGAAUGGUACCCCAGCAUCCCAAAAUUGUAAUAACUAUAAACAGAAAGCAGUUUGAAGUCAUGGCUGACAAAUUAUUUAACAAGACCAUCGACAUUCUAGAUAGGUGUCUAAACGAAUCUAAAUUUUCUAAAGAGUCAAUUGACGAAGUCAUCCUGUGUGGAGGUUCUACUCGCAUUCCCAAAAUCCAAGAAAUGCUUGCUAUUUAUUUCGACGGCAAGCAAUUAAAUAAAUAUGUAAAUCCUGACGAAUGUGUCGCCGAAGGUGCAGCUUUGCAAGCCGCUAUGUUAUCGACUAGCAAAAGACAGAAGAUUGACCGUCUGGAAAUGGUCGACGUUGUUCCCCUUUCUAUAGGUUUCAGCAGCAUGUGUGAUGAAAUGGUUUUUACUAUUAAACGCGGAUCAAAAUUACCAACAAGUGGAUCACAUCUGUAUGUUAGUUCUUAUGGGGAUAGCAGUACCAUUUCUGCUGGAAUAUAUGAAGGAGAACGAACAGACGUGAGAAAAAAUAGACGUCUAGCCACACUAUCUAUUAGCAAUUUAACUCCAGCGCCAUCUGGGCAACAGGAAGUAAUUUUUACUUUAAGCAUUGAUACGAACGGUAUAUUGACUGCUAAAGCUGAAGACAUAUUUGGUGAAAAUGUCAAAGAACUAAAAAUUGACUACACUGGAGGCGACAGAAGUGAUGCCGAAAUUAAGAAUACGCUACUGGAUGCUGCAAAAAAUCGAAUAGAAGACGAAAAGUUUGUUGAAUUUGUCAAAUAUAAACGUUAUUUAAUUAGGUACUGUAUCAGUGUUGUGCACAAUUUAGAGGCUAGAAAACUUGUUAAGAAACACAAAAAAAUGUACAAAUUUUGUGGUUCCACAGUUCUUGAAGCGUACCUAAAAGAAAUGGACCAAGAAAGUGAAAUUAAGGAACUCAUAGAGAAGUGUAAACGGUUAUGCGAAUCUGUGGUGCAAGAUUGUCAGUUUGAAUUCAUGCCUGCAGACAUCUAAUUGACCUAACAAUUGUUAUCACACACAAAAUGUGUAGUUCGCAAGCCUGCAGAAUGUUAAUGGAGUUGAUUCGAGUUUAGAUUUUAACACUAUUUCCGUUUUUAUUUAGUUUAUACAUAUUUUCAAAUAUGCUUGACAAAUAAAACUUAUUCGUACCUUUUUAUUAUUAAA